AUGCCUGGCCAAAGCUCUCCACAAACUCUCAAUGGGCAGCUAAAGCUUAACACCAUUACCGCCAUUCUACUGGUCAUCAUCUUCCUCUUGACUCUCUGCAACACAUCAUGUGAUGCUCGUCAUGAUCACCUCCGUGUCAGUGGCAAGUACGACUCAAGCAAAUCCCUGCCAUCCAAGGUCGGUUUGACAGAACAUGUUGGGAGCAAGCAGAUCGAUCAAUCAAUGGCCAAUGAGGUGACGCUGCUGAAUGUGAAGAUGGAAUUGGAGGCAUCAUCAUCGUCGUCGUCGUCGUCGUCAGGUGGAGUUCGAAAUACUGGACCUGCUGUUAGGGUUUCACAACAGCUGCGUCAUCGGAAGCACAAGGAUGAUCAGGGAAUUCACCUGGAUUAUGCUCAACCUAAAACCCGUACUCCGUGCCAUAACUGA